CUCCUAGCUCUAUCUCCGAUUCUACUUAACUUACAGACAUAACAAGAGCAGCGCAUUAUGGACCGCGUGCUGGACGCGGGCGCAGAGGCGCUGGAGUCGCUGGGGGCCCAGCUGCGCGCGGGCGCAGAGGGCCUGAGGCGGGAGGACCAGCAGCAGCAGCAGGCGCAGCCAGAGGCUGAGGCUGAGGCGCGGCGGACGGAGGGUCAUCAGGUUGUGGCUGCGGACGGCAGCACCACCAGCGAACUGUACGGGCCGCAGGGACUGAACGCCACCGCCCCAGACAUCAGCAGCAGCAGCAGUGGCGGCAGCCAGCCCCGCCGCCGUGAGGCUGCUGCUACAGCCAGCGGCCGGGAGGAGGAACCGCGGCAGCAGCAGCAGCAGCAGCAGGCACCGGCGCAGCAGCAGGACGGCGGGGAGGCCGGAGUGGGCAGCGACGGCGGGCGUGGUGGCGGCGGCGGCGGCGGCGGUGAUGGCGGUAGCCUGGGUGAGGCCAUGCGCGGCGCGCAGGAGCGGCUGGCGGAGGAGAGCGAGGCGCUGAAGCAGCGCUUCUCAGGAGGACAGCAGCCCGCGGCGCCCAAGGGCAGCGCCGCCGCCGCCGCCGCCGAGGAGGCCGCCGCCGCUGAGGCCCGGCCUGUGGAGGGCUUCUCACCCGAGCUGCAGGCCACACUGGCGGAGGCCAAGAGCCGCAUCGACGCGGAGACCCAAAUGCUCAAGGAGCGUUUCCACAUGACCUAACCACCGGACGACCAGACGACUAAAUGACCUGAUCACCGGCCGACGACCGGACGACCGGACGCCCACGACAUUAGCUGUCAGCGGGGCGGCACCCGUGGGCGCGGUAAUGAUGGACAAUGUGGCUUGGGAGGGGCGUGAGUGCUGCUGUCUAAGGAAGAUGUUAGCAGGUGCCCUGUUGAGGCGUUGAGCUAGGCGUGCCAACUACAAAAAGCGCACGCCGUACUCUGGGCCGGGUACUGCUGUAGCCAUGACGUCAGGACUAUCAAGAUAGGGCCAAUUGAACAACCACACCAGGUGUGACGGCACGGUGUGAUGGCCUCUAGAUGGUAAGGGAUGCAUCCCGCGUUGCUAGGCUGGCACGGGCGACUUGCUCGGACGUGUUGCAGUGAAGAAUGGGAAUGUACGCGUGCCUGUAACCACGGCUGACGCACUGCCUGGCCGAAUCUAUGAUUGCGUUUGUGUCGUGGGAGACACAAACGUACGUGUGUGUACGUGAGAACCGAGAAUGGGUGUGUGAUGGGACAGGGUUCAAGGCAGGUUGGAGAGGUCCCGUAGGGUGCAGCUGAUGCCCGUACCCUCAAGCAGACGGCAAACAGUUUGCAAUGGCAGAGCAGAAGUGCAUGGCUGAUCGAACGCCAGAGUUAC